AUGAUACCACUGCGACACUCGAAACAAUCCCCAUAUUAUUGUUAUUUUGCGCAUCAUGCAGUGGUGACAGCUUUGGCGAUAAGGAAAAGGGCCUUUACGUUACUUUUCCUCCUAAAGAGCGGAGCAACCGGAAUCUGGAAAGCGCAUGUAUCAACUACCUCUGCAUCUAGUAUUUAUCCCUUCGCCUGUUUCCAUCAGCAACAGCGAUACCAAAUCUAA